AUGUAUAUCGACACUUCCAAGCUCGCUACUGUGGCUCUUGCCACCAUCCUCUCCGCCAACUCCGUCAUCGGUGCGCCAAUCGCUGGACGCUCUUCCAACUUGUUGACCCGUGACCCCCGUGGCUCUUCCGGCCACAAGGCCAUGAACGGACUCGAUGUCGCUGGCAACCUGGUCG